AUGUUAAGAUUGUCUUCAGUUAGGUUAUCAUCUCGUCAAUUUUCUACCUCAUCCUCCUUAUUACUUGCUAAGGCCAAACACGAUGUUGUUGUCAUUGGUGGUGGUCCGGGUGGUUAUGUAGCCGCUAUUAAAGCUGCCCAAUUGGGGUUCAAUACUGCUUGUGUUGAAAAGAGAGGCUCUUUAGGGGGGACUUGUUUAAAUGUCGGUUGUAUUCCAUCUAAAGCUUUAUUAAAUAACUCUUUAAGAUACCAUGAAAUAAAAACCGACUCCAAGAAACGUGGUAUUGACGUUAAAGGUGAAGUUACUUUGAAUAUUGAACAAUUUCAAAAGGCUAAAGAUACUGUCGUCAAGCAAUUAACUGGCGGUAUCGAAAUGUUAUUUAAGAAAAACGGUGUUACUUACUAUAAAGGUGAUGGGUCUUUUGAAAGUGAAAAGCAAAUUAAGGUUUCCCCAGUUGAGGGCAUUAAGGGCACCGUUGCCGAAGAAACUAUUUUAGAUGCUGAAAAUAUCAUUAUUGCCACCGGCUCUGAAGUUACUCCGUUCCCAGGUAUUACUAUUGAUGAAGAAAGAAUCGUUUCUUCUACAGGUGUUUUAAGCUUAAAAGAAAUUCCUAAAAGAUUAGUUAUUAUUGGUGGUGGUAUUAUUGGUUUAGAAAUGGGAUCUGUUUAUAGUAGACUAGGCUCUAAAGUUACUGUUUUGGAGUUCCAACCUGCUAUUGGUGCUUCUAUGGAUCAAGAAAUUGCUACUGCGACCCAAAAGUUUUUGACCAAACAAGGCAUUGAUUUUAAAUUAAGCACUAAAGUUAUGGGUGCUGAAAGAAAUGGCGAUGUCGUUAAGAUCAAGGUUGAAGGCGCUAAAGAUGGCAAGAAGGAGGAAUUGGAGGCUGAUGUUUUAUUAGUUGCUAUUGGUAGAAGACCAUAUAUCCAAGGUUUAAAUGCUGAAGAGGUUGGCCUAGAAGUCGACAAGAGAGGUCGUUUAGUUAUUGAUUCUAAUUUCCAAACUAGCCACCCACAUAUUAAAGUUAUUGGUGAUGUUACAUUCGGUCCUAUGUUAGCUCACAAGGCUGAAGAAGAGGGUGUUGCUGCAGCUGAAAUCAUCAAGACUGGCCACGGCCAUGUUAAUUACGGCAAUAUUCCAGCUGUUAUGUAUUCUCAUCCAGAAGUCGCAUGGGUUGGCAAAACUGAACAAGAAUUAAAGAAGGAUGGCAUUGAAUUUAAGGUUGGUAAAUUCCCAUUUGUUGCCAACUCCAGAGCUAAAACCAACUUAGAUACUGAAGGGUUUGUCAAGAUUUUGAUUGAUGCUAAGACUGAUCGUUUGUUAGGUGCUCAUAUUAUUGGUCCAAAUGCUGGUGAAAUGAUUGCUGAAGCUGGCUUGGCUUUGGAAUAUGGAGCUUCUGCUGAAGAUAUUGCUAGAGUUUGUCAUGCCCACCCAACUUUGUCUGAAGCUUUCAAGGAAGCUAACUUGGCUGCUUACGAUAAACCAAUUAACUUCUAG